AUGUCGUUCUCAACAGAUGGUGCAUUGAGUAUAGAUGUUUUCCAUAAAGGAGUGUUUGUUCCUAAGCCCUUGAUGUACUUCCAUCCUGAUAAGACUUCUGUCACAGAGGUAGACUUACGAAAUAUGGAGUUUAAGGACUUCAAAAUCUACAUCCGUAAUCUGACGAAGGGUAUGUGUCAUGAUAUGUACUACUGUCUUCCAAAUCGAGCCUUAGUAGAUGGGUUGAGGGAGCUGAGAGAUGAAGAUGAUUAUGUAAGUUUUCUUGAUGCUGGAUAUAAAAAUGGGAGAAGAAUCAGUAUCUACAUUGAUCACGGCCACGAGCCACUUAUGCAAUGGAUUGAAGAAGAGAUAGCCAAAGAUGGAGUGUACGGUGAUAGUAAUCCAUCUUCUGAUGAUGUGGACUCGGUGAUGUCAGAUGAUAUAUCGGUAGACCAUGAAGUUGAUGAUGAGGUUAUAGAAAUUCCUAAAUCUGUUGAUCCGUUUUUAUCCAAGAAAAAUCUUAUUCCAGAAGGAGGGGUAGAUGAGGAAGUUGAUGAUGAGGUCCACCACUUUCUUAUUCGUGAUCCCGACCAGAAAUGGGACACAAUGGUACCUGUAUUUGGCAUGAGAUUCUCUGAUAGAUAUGAACUCAAGCAAAUGUUAACAAAUUAUGCUGUCUUUAAAGGGUAUGCAUUAUGGUACGAAAUAAAUGACUCAACUAGAUUGUUAGUGAGGUGCUGUAAAAAUAAAGAAUGGAAGGCAGCUUGCCCUUUUAGACUAUGGGCUACUCCAAUGAGUAGUGAAGAUUCAUUCCAGAUCAAAUCGCUAAUUGACGAACAUAACUAUUGCAGGCAAGUUAAUUUGGGGUCUAUUGUGACAUACAGGUGGAUUGGUAAAAUGUUAACGAAUGACAUUUUGGAAAAGCCCCGCAUCAGCUACAGGAACAUGGUUGCAUUAGUUAAGAAAAAAUUUGGUUUGCAUGUAAGUGUUGGGCAAUGUAGAAAUGCCAAGAGUUUUGCACUAGAUGAAAUUUCUGGUAGCUUGGUGGGACACUAUGAAAAGUUGUGGGAUUAUGGAGCGGAGUUAUUGAGGUCUCAUCCGGGUUCAACAGUCUCAAUAGAAGUGAAUCCUAUGCCUGAUUCUACAGCUUACUUUAAAAGAAUGUAUGUUUGCCUUAAGGGUGUGAAAGAUGGUUGGAUUGAAGGAUGCAGGAGGGUGAUUGGUGUUGAUGGAUGUUUUUUGAAGGGUGUUUGUAGAGGUGAGCUAUUAGCAGCUGUUGGUAGGGACUUCAACAACCAAAUGUACCCGUUGGCAUGGGCUGUAGUGUCAGUAGAAAACAAGGAAACCUGGAAAUGGUUCUUAGAUCUGCUACUUGAGGACAUUGGGAUGGGAGAUGGCAGAGGUCUUACCAUUAUUUCUGACCAUCAUAAGAGUUUGGUAGAAGCUGUUAAAGAAAGAGCACCAGCAUGUGAGCAUAGGCAAUGUGCUAGACACGUCUAUGCUAACUUUAAGAAGAAAUACACAAGUGUUGAGUUCAGGAAGUUAUUCUGGAGAGCUGCAAAGUCCACAACCGAGUCAGCUUUCCGAUCUUAUAUGAGGGAAAUCAAUGCGAUGUCCACACAUGCUUAUGAUCACCUAAUGGAAAGAGACCCAAAGACAUGCUGCAAGGCAUUUUUUGAGCUUGAUAGGUGUUGUGAUGCUGUGGAAAAUGGAAUAUCAGAAUCUUUUAAUGCAGCAAUUAUAGAGGCCAGGAAAAAACCUAUUAUAUCAAUGUUGGAAGAAGUCAGAGUGUACGUGAUGGAGAGGAUGUACAAACAAAAAGGGAAGGGAGAAAAAUGGAACUUGGAUAUAUGUCCUUCCAUUAGAAGGAGGAUUGAGACAUUUAAAGAACAACAAAGGUAUUGGGAUGUUACUCCAAGUGGUCUGCAGAUGUAUGAAGUGAGACAAUUACAUGAAGUUUAUGCAGUUGACUUGGACCAAAGAACCUAUGGGUGCAGAGCAUGGCAGUUGACUGGUAUACCAUGUGUACAUGGUAUUGCUGCAAUCUUGUUUUUGAAUGGGAAUGCAGAGGAGUAUGUUGCAGUUUGGUUCACAAUGAAUAUGUUUGGAAGUUGCUAUAGAUAUAACAUGAAACCAACUAAUGGAGCUGACAUGUGGCCGGAAACAGAUGAACAACUACCUGAUGAGUUUGGGUCUGAAGAAGUAGUGGUUGCUGAGGAGGUUGGGGCUGAAGAAGAAGUGGUUGCUGAGGAGGUUAGGGCUGAAGAAGAAGUCGUUGCCGAGGAGGUUGGGGUUGAAGAACAAGUGGCUGCUGAGGAGGUUGGGGUUGAAGAAGAAGUGGUUGUUGAGGAAGUUAUUGAACAAAUGGUGGCUGAUGAGCAACCAAAUGAGGAGCAAGCAGCUGAACAUGUAGUUGCUCAACAUGUACAAGUUUUUGCUAAAAAGUGUAAUAGGAUAAAGGGUGGUCCUUCUCUGAGGAUCACAAAGCUUAAUUUGAUGAGAAAGGUGGUUACAAAAGAUGGAAUGGUUGAAGUCCAAAUUUGCGAUGGGAACCCACAACCACAAGGGUAUGAAUCCUCAACCAUCUUAUUUGUCUUUGAAACGUUAAAGCUUGAGGAUGAGAUUAUGGAUUUGGCAGAACAAGAUGAAGCCAUCAAGAUGCUGACGAAGGAGACGAUGCAGGAGAGAAACCAGUAG